AUGGCUGAUGUCGUAAUACGAGAAGUUGUACCGGGUGUGAUGACGUUUUCGAAGCCAUUCAAAAGGCUUGGCUUACAGCCCAUCGGAGGUCGAACAACUGCCAUCAAACUGUCCGACAAUACUGUGUGGGUAUUGGCCUCCACCCCUCUGGGCGAAGAAACCAAGACGAAGAUCGAUUCACUCGGAGAAGUCAAACACAUCGCCAUUGCUGAUAUAGAACACACUGGUUUCACGUCCGAGUAUGCGAAGGCUUAUCCGAGUGCCAAGAUAUAUGGACCUAAAGGUUCGGCGCAUAAAACAAAUCUAGAAGUUGCUGAGUGGACUGCGGAGGGCCCUAAUCCCAUGGAUCAAGCUGAGGGGGCAGUCAAGUCAGAAAUCAAAGCGGAAUAUUUCGAUGGGUUCGUCAACAAGGAUAUAGCCUUUUUGCACGUUCCUAGCAAGACAUUGAUUGAAGCCGACCUGCUGUUCAAUCUUCCGGCGAAUGAACAAUAUUCCAAGUCGUCCGAGUCACCAACCACCUUUUUGGAUCGAUUUGUGACUCUCAAACCUGACACAGUUUUCCAUCAACGAUUUCUCUAUAACAUAGCUGCCAAGGACAAAGUUUCUAUGGCCCGCUCGGCCAGCAAAGUUUACCAAUGGGACUUUGAUCGCAUAAUCCCCUGCCACGGUGACGUCAUCGAGACCGGAGGAAAGGCGGCUUGGCAUAGCGCCUUCUCAUUGUACUUUAGCGAUAUUGCAAAUGGCAAAUUACCUGGUGCUGAGCCGCAAUGA